UGGCUGCACCCAUGGCCCGUGAUGAAGGCAUGAUUGUGUAUACUAACCUAACAUUUUAAUUUUAUACGCUGCUUUUGAUAAAGAAUACAGACAUGGUGCAAAGUAAAAUAUUUGUAAAAAAUCGUGCAUUAGGAUAUGUCAGUAAUCACAUUCCCCUUGUAACAAGAUACAUUCAUUUACGACAUGAAAAUCUUAUAGUGACAUGUAUUGGUAAUGCAUUUCUCACGUAUAGUACUUCACAUUUUGCAUUACUCAGUGUGUCAGGAACACAUCCAGGUGAAAUUACAUGUCUUGCAGCAGAUGCUUGUCGAAUUUAUACUGCAUGUGAGAAUGUUGCUUAUGCUUGGAGGAGAGGAACAGAGUUGAAGCAUAUUUACAAAGGUCAUGAGCAUACAAUACACAGCCUGCUACCUUUUGGGCCACAUUUAAUAUCUGUUGAUGAAAACAGUGAUGUCAAAGUAUGGGAUAUUAAAUCAGAAGAGUUGAUACUAGAGCUUAGCUUCAGCAAUAGUCUUUUUAAAAUAACAGCAUUAAUGCACCCAAACACAUACAUGAACAAAAUUUUGUUUGGAAGUGAGCAGGGUCAGCUGCAGUUAUGGAAUAUAAAAGUUGUAAAAUCAAUUUAUACAUUUAACGGUUGGAACAAACCAGUAACUGUACUUGAACAAGCACCUGCAGUAGAUGUUGUGGCAAUAGGCUUGAAUGAUGGAAGAAUUAUAUUACACAAUUUGAAAUAUGAUGAAACAUUAUUUGAUCUGGUGCAAGACUGGGGUUGUAUAACAUCCAUCACUUUUCGAACUGAUGAGCAUCCAAUUAUGGCAACAGGAAGCAUGAAUGGUCAUAUUGUGUUCUGGAAUUUAGAAGAGCGUAAAGUCGAAAGUCAGCUUCAUAAAGCUCAUUAUGAAGCAGUAACAGGUUUAAAAUACCUUCCUAAUGAACCACUGCUGGUGUCAUCAUCCCCUGAUAAUUCUUUGAAAUUAUGGAUAUUUGAUAUGGCUGAUGGUGCUGGCAGAUUAUUAAGAAUUAGAGAGGCUCAUUCAGAACCUCCUACAUUCAUUCGUUUUUAUGGAGAUGAAGGAAAGACUAUAUUAACAGCUGGCAGUGAUUCUUCCUUGAGAAUAUUUUCCAUGAUUUCAGAAAGAUUGAACUCGAGUUUAGGGAGAGCAUCGUUUAAUAGGAAAGCUGCAAAAAAGAGAGGGAGGGCUGUUGAUGACCCUCUGUUGAUGCCAUUAAUUACUCAGUUUGCUGCCGAAACGACAAGAGAAAAAGAAUGGGAUAACGUCGUAGCAAUACAUUCUGGUUUAGGAACAGUUACCGCAUGGUCUAUCGAUAAAGCAAAAAUGGGCCAAUUUAAGCUGUUCCCAGAAAAGUUUAAGGGCAACCGUAAUGUUACAGCAACGAGUGUGUAUUUAACAAAAUGUGGAAAUUUUGUUGUUAUUGGUUACAAUACUGGUCAUGUAGAAAGAUUUAAUAUACAGUCAGCAAUUCAUAGAGCUAGUUAUGGUAGCGAGAAAGGGGCACACCAGGGUCCUGUAAGAGGAGUAAUGGUGGAUUCUUUAAAUAAAUUUGUUGUAACUGCCGGGAAAGAUACUUAUAUAAAAUUCUGGGAUUUUAAGCCAAUGAAAGGAAAUACAGAACCACUUGCAAAAAUGAUAUUGGACGAGCCGAUUGAGUGGAUACGGCAUCACAAUGAAAAUUCACUUUUAGCCGCAGCAUUAGAAGAUUUUACUGUAGUAUUAAUAGAUCUUGACACAAGAGUAAUUAUUCGACGUUUCGAAGGACACGAAGGACGAUUAACAGAUGCUUGCUUUAAUCCUGACUCUAGAUGGUUAAUAACAGCAUCAAUGGAUUGUACAAUCCGCACAUGGGAUAUUCCAUCUUCAAAUUUAAUAGACGUCUUUCAAGUUCCAGAAGCAUGUACAUCAUUAGACUUUUCUCCAACUGGAGAAUUCCUUGCCACUAUACACGUAUGCAAUCUUGGCAUAUAUUUAUGGUCAAACCGAACUCUUUAUACCCAUAUAUCAUUAAAAGCAAUACAUAAGGACGAUCCGAUUCCAACGAUCGGCCUCCCUGGUACGGUCAUUGAACUGAAUGAUGUUGAGGAGAAUGAACUUAUUGAAUCAGAGCCAGAAUAUGUUUCUCCAGAACAACUUCAUGACGAUCUAAUUACCAUGUCUGGCUUAGCUCACUCGAGGUGGCAGAAUUUAUUGAAUAUAGAUAUCAUAAGAAAGAAGAAUAAACCGAAAGAAGCACUAAAGGCUCCAGAAAAUGCUCCUUUCUUCUUGCCUACGAUCCCAUCAUUGGAAUUGAAAUUUGAUUUCUCGAAUGUACAAAACACAGAAUCGAAUCAGAAAUUUAUUACACAUCCCGAAUUACAAAAUCUUACUUUAUUUAGCAGAUCUUUGUUAGCCGUUGAGUAUAACGAAUUUAAAGAGAUAAUUGAUAAAUUAAAAUCUAUGAGCCCGAGUUCUAUAGAUUUUGAAAUUCAAUCCCUUUCAGCUGACGAAAAAGCAUCGGAUGCUUUAUUGCUCCGUUUUAUGAAAUUGAUGUAUUAUAUGAUGGAGAAGAAGGUAGACUUUGAAUUGUCGCAAGCUUACUUAGCUGUAUUCUUAAAGUGGCACGGUAACGUAAUAACAGAAAACGAAUCGUUAAGAAAUUAUUUAAGUGUAUUGCAGGAAUCACAAUCGAAAAAUUGGUUUUUGCUACGAGAUAAAUUGUUUUAUAACCUUAGCGUUGUACAAGCUUUGAAAAAGAUGUAAUAUAUUUGAUAAUAGUAAAAAU